AUGGCUGCAGAUUUCCGAGUGCCUAAAGUUCCAAAAUCCUACGCUGAAGCUUUAUGGCCAUUCUCUGUGACGCUUCACGCGUGGUUGGAGCUGAAGGUCUUGAAGCAAUUCACGCGAAAAGUAGAUAAUGUGGAAAUAGAUACUUUUUGGGUGGAAGAUGGAAGCGGAGGAUAUGGAGAUUAUCCAAUUCCCAGUGCCAGCUCCGCCACAAUUCUGAGAAUGGAAAGCAAAGGAAAAAUCUUAAUUAACGGUAUAAAGCUCGCUAGAAUUACUUUACUGAACAACAAAUAUCAACAGGAUAGCUCUAAUCAAACCUCAGAGCGUGGAGUUUGA